UACCAUCUGAUCUGAAUGGGAGCCAGGAAGCCUCGACCCGUCUCCCAGCUGGUCGCACAGCAGGUUACUCCGCAGUUUGUGCCCCCUACUCAGUCAAAGAAAGAGAAAAAAGAUAAAGUAGAAAAAGAAAAAAGUGAAAAGGAAGCAACUAGCAAAAAGAACAGUCAUAAGAAAACCAGGCCGAGAUUGAAAAAUGUGGAUCGGAGUAGUGCUCAGCAUUUGGAAGUUACCGUUGGAGAUCUAACAGUCAUUAUCACAGACUUUAAGGAGAAAACAAGGUCACCACCUGCAUCUAGUGCUGCCUCCGCAGAUCAGCACAGUCAGAGCAGCUCCAGCUCUGACAACACAGAGAGGGGAGUGUCCCGGUCGUCUUCGCCCAGAGGAGAAGCCUCAUCACUGAAUGGAGAAUCGCAUUAAAGUUUAUUUCCCCGUUUCUUAGUCCCUUCUGUCCUACCAUGCAGACACACAGAUUAUGCCAAGAAGUACCACAUUUUCCUGACACACAUUUGUGCACAACCCAUAAUUUGAGUUCUCCAUAAAAUUAAAAUUGGUCAACGUUUGUUGGAUUUUAUUGCAGUCUAUGCCUAGAAAACAUUUCCAGACUAAACAUUUUGGUCUCUGUAGUUAGGUGUCAUGAAAAUGUGGUUGAAUUAUUCAUAUGCAGUGUUAUUGGUAAGUCUAUUUUCACUUUUAGUUUAGUGAAUUCUAACACAUAAUUCUUGAAUUCUCUACUAUUGGCAUGUAAUAAGUUUAAAUUUUUUAUAACAUAUUGCAAGCUGCCUAAAUAUGUAUUAUUUGAGAAUUGUGAAACAAAUAGUUAUAUGUAUACAAGUCAGAGAUCAACUUAAUCAACUAUUGCUGCAACAGGAUUUCUUAAUGGUUAUCCUCUUAAAUACACCUGCUGGUACUUGGUGUGGUUAAAUAGGAAAGUUGUUAUUAAAGAAUUUGUAUGAACUUUGCCAAUGUUUUUGACAUGUUUUACUAAAUUAUUGUUCUGAAUUAUGUUUCUGGUUUUAGCCAUUUUUGAAGGUGUUUUUGUUAGUUUGCUUAUUUUUCAAAACAUUCAUUUAUUGUAAUGUUUGUUAGCAGACUGGUGAACAAAGCAUUGAUUAUUUAGCUUUAUAAUUCAGGUUUAGUGCUAUUGUCAUUGAACACUGGUUAUUUUCUGUAUUAUAUAAAACAUUAAAAUUCAGAUAAUUAUAAGCGUUUGGCAAAAAAAAGAAAAAAAAAAAGAAAUUUGCCAUAUUAUAAAAGCUGCAAGUUUGGAAAAGCUUUAAUUUAAUGAUAGUUUUAUCACUGUUUUCUUGUCCCAAACUUAUCCAGGGUCAUAGAUGUUUGAAUCCAGUUAAUACAGAAAUGGAACUGUUGCACAGAACUGGGAAGUAACUAAACCUACAUUAAUUUAAUUGGCUUCAUAUUAAACAGCAAUUCUUAUGAAAAUCAUAGUUCCCUAUUUGCAGACACAACUGCCAAUUUAUGCAUUUAUUAAUAUUCUGAAAUAAAAACGUAUUUACAGCCCCACUCACUAUUAUGUACAGUUACCAAUAAAAUAUUUUUAUGACUAUAGAUUUUGCAUUUUUGUUUACAACUAAUAAAAUGUUUUGUGUUGUAUUUAAAAAUCCCAGCUUCGAAACCACACAAUACUUUUUAAAUUCUUCUAUGGUCUCUUGCUUUCUGUAAUCAUUUGCUGAAUAUAUAUCCAUCUGUGGAGACUCCUAAAAUGUAAAUCAACUUAAAAACAUAGCUUGGAUACAAAAUAUCACAGAAAAGAUAACUUGCUAACAUUUGAAGAAAAAAACUGUAGACCCUGACAGUUGUGAAAUUUAGUGGUUUCUCGUGGUAAUGUAAUUUUCUGUUUAAUUUCAGUACUUUCUACAGACAAAAUGGUACCGUCUUUUGUAAGAUGCUAGUUGUGAAAUACAGUUAAUUGCAUAUAGUAAAAAUCUGUGAUUAAAACAUUCAUAUACCUCA